GGAAGCGGCGGCACCUGUGGGACGUUUGCGUGGAGAGAGGAGACAAAAACACGGACGGAACACCUGAAACAGUUGAGUUCAUCCCGACCUGGUCUCUGGGUUCUGGUGGUCCAGAACCGGUCAGCCUCCUCCCAGUAUACAGUCUGGUUUUACGAGUUGUCUGGAGAAGGAAGCUGGAGGUGGAUUUGGACUUCCUGUUCGGUUCUGACCCAGAUGUCCGGUUCUGAGCGGUUCCCGUCACCAUGAGCUUCCUAUCCGGACAUGCUGGAGGAUCCUCGGCCAUCUGGUUCCUCCUGGUUCUCCUGCUGCGCUGCUGCCUCACGGAGAAGUCUGACGGAGCUUUAACUGUGGUGGAGAACGGAGGAGGAGGAGAAGAGGCCACGGUGGAUGAUGAUGAUGAUGAUGAUGAUGAUGGAGAUUUAGAGGUGGUCCAACCCACUGAGCAGUGGCAGACUCUCAAACCAGGUCAGGCAGUACCGGCCGGUUCCCAUGUGAGGCUGAAUCUGCAGACGGGUCAGAGGGAGGUGAGGCUGGGAGAGGAGCAGCUGAAGUACUGGACCCAGGAGCACAGAGAGGAGGAGACCAAAACCUCCUUCAGUCCUGAUGAGCUGAAACGAGCCAUGAAGAAGAUCAAGGAGGACCUGAACCCUGGUGCACAUCAGGACUCUGUGGGGUCCAGAUAUCGUCCCCUAGACGAGUUAAAGAGGGACAUGGCCCAACUUGACCUCCUGAUGGAGACGGAUGUUCAGAUCAUGAAGCGCUUGUUGGAGCAAUUGAACAGCAGCGACACAUCUCCUGAGCAGAGGCUGAACAUCCUGCUGGAGCUGGAGUACCUGGUCCACCAGGUGGACAAUGCUCAGACACUGUGCUCCAUGGGGGGUCUGCAGCUCAUACUGGAGGGUCUGAACAGCUCUGACAGCAGGUUACAGGAGAGCUCUGCCUUCGUUCUGGGAUCUGCUCUGUCCAGCAACCCGGCGGUCCAGGUCCGAGCAGUGGAGAAAGGUGCUCUGCAGACCCUUCUCACCUCUUUGGCCACAGCUCCAAAACUGGGCAUCAAAAAGAAGGUCCUAUUCGCCAUGGCCUCUCUCUUACGCCACUUCCCGUAUGCACAGAGACACUUCCUGUCACAUGGUGGUCUGCAGGUCCUGUCGGAGCUUUUCAGGACCGAUGGCAGCGGGAUCCUACGAACCCGCGUGGUCACCAUGUUGUAUGACAUGAUUUCAGAGAAGGAGCUGAUGCUGCAGGCGGGUUUGGACCAGGUUCAGGACCCGGCCCACGAGGAGCGACUGCGUCAGUACUCGGAGGUCUCCCUGCAGGGGAAGUUGCUGGAGGAGGGGUGGUGCCGCUUGGUUCCGACGCUGCUGCAGUCCACCGAGCACGACUGCAGAGAGAAGGCUCUGCGGGCUCUGUUGGCCAUGGCUCCAGUGUGUUUGGAUCAGUACCGCUCAGACGGCUCUCUGCUGGGCUCUCUGCUGUCUCUCAGACUCCAGUACCAGGAGAUGGUCCGGUCUGAGAACAUCCUUGGAGAAGAGACCAGUUACUUUACAGAGAUCGUAGAGCUGAUAGAAGCUCUGCAGAGGAAAAUGAAAUGAGGGGAUUUUAAACUAGGUGGCGCAGAGAGACCAUGUCUGCUGAGAUAAAGACCAACCAAACAUACCCCACCUUCAAACAUGAGCCCUGGAUGCAAAUCCAGGACCACAAAGGUCCGGGUAAGGACGUAAAGCCGAGCCGACCCUGUUCAUCUUUGGUUGGUCAGAGAAUUUACAGGCUUACAGGGAAGGACAGUUUGUUUUCUAGACUUCUCUGUUACUGUGAGGUGACACCUCAUGAUAACUUCUUAUUUAUUUAGAUUCUUAGAAAAAUGCAGCGUCGAGAUCCAGAAACGGCAAACGGCCUUCCGCUCUCACUACAACAGCACUGCUGUUUGGAAGCAGGUCUGCUGCUGCUGUGGCGAUGUAGUCUGCAUCACCGGCCAAAACUCUGUGAACAUCCAGACUUUUUAUCUUCUGUCUGAUGGGACUCCCAGUGUUUCUGCUUCAGCUUUUCACAGAAAACUCAUUUUACUGCAUGUUUUUGGUCCACAGCUCCAGCUUCCAAAAGCCAAACUGAUGCUACGGAGGACCAAAACCGCCAUAAUGAAAAGUAAAUAAAUAUGAGCAAAUAAA